ACCACCAGACUUUCUGUGGAUCAGUCGUGCUUGAGAGGCGUAAGAAUGUCGGAUUCGAAGAAGAUAGUUAAUCCCAACAAACAUCUAAUUAUACCCGAUUGGAUAACUGAAAAGUAUUUUAAAGUCGUGCUAGACAAAGACGAAGAGAAUUAUGUAAAGGUUCUAAAGUUUACACCUGUUGCGGCCAUACCGCCUGGCGAGAACUUUACCUCCAUAAUGCUGCGUAUUUACAUCGAUCUGGAAAUGAAAGAUGGCAGCACAAAAACAAAAACCUAUAUCUUGAAGACAAUGCUGGCCAGCGAAAGGGGUGGAACUGAAAUUGCGGAAUUCGGUCUGUUCCCUAAGGAACUGAAGAUGUACCAGACAUAUCUGCAUGCCUUCGAGGCACUCUAUAAGGAAGCCGGUGAGGAUAUACAGAUUGCGCCCAAGUGUCUGCACACAGAGGAGCGCGAGGGCAAUAUUCACUUUAUUUUUGAGGAUCUGGGUGUUAAGAAGUUCCGGAAUGUGGAUCGCAUCAAGGGCCUGGAUAUGGAACAUAUGAUUCGUACCUUGCACAAGUUGGCCGAAUUUCAUGCAGCCGGCUCAGUUUACGCAGAGCAACACGGUCCAUAUCCGAGUGAUUUUGAUGAUGGAUUCGUUCCACGCAACAACUCUUCAUUUUUAAUGGAUAGUUUCAAGUUACGGGAGAAGUCCUACAAAAAGUCAAUGGCCACAUGGGGCAUGAAGGAUGCCGAAAAAUAUAUAAAGAGCUUUCCAACUGCGGAGCAGUAUAGGGCACAGUGUAUCAGCACUUUUGAAGUUGAUCCCAAGGAAUUUAAUACCUUAACGCAUGGCGACUUCUGGUCAAGUAACCUAAUGUGUAAUUAUUUACCAAAUGGCAAGGUAGAUCAACUCUUAUUGGUUGACUUCCAAAUCUGUAAAUGGGGUAGUCCAGCCAUAGAUCUAUUAUUUUUCAUCACUCUAUCGGCUGCAAACGAUAUACGCCUCAAGGAAUUCGAUCACUUUAUCUGCAUCUAUUGGGAACGAUUGGUGGAGUGUCUGAAACUCUUAAAAUACCAGAAGCCCUUGCCCAUGUUACGUGAUCUACAUUCGUCCCUGUACAAAAAGAACAACUCUUUUUAUGUCUUCUUUGCACUCACUAAUCAUCUGCCUUUGAUUGUGUUCCCCACCGAUAAGGAUAGCAAUUUUCACUCACUGCAGUCUGAAAGUGAGGAGGCUGAACAAUUGAGACUGCGUCUUACGUCUAAUCCCAUCUUUGGCAACAUCAUGAAGGAUUUGUAUCCAUUCUAUUACAAUCGCGGAGUGUUGAAUUUUGAUGACUAUGAGCUACAAUCAUAGACAUAGAUAAUACAAUCUGUAAUGUUAUAAACUUGCAAAUAAAAUAAAUAGUACCACACA